UGGAGUGGGCGCAGGGCGCACGCGUGUUACGUGUGUGCCAGAGAUUCACAACUCAGACGGCGGGUGUGGUGUGUUGUUGUGUUAUCCGAAUCCAUUCAAUUCUUUGCUGGGAAAUUGCUGCAGUUGACUAAUUGGAGGUGUAAUUUUGUGGUCUAAGGUGAAGUAAAACAUCACCGGUCAGCCAUGAGUUACAUGCAAGCAAACCAGAACAGACCCAUGUCUCAUGGCAACUACCAGAGUGGACCCGAUCUGCCCAUAGGCUCUGCCAAAGAGCAAACCCUAAUGUGGCAGCAGAAUUCGUAUUUAGGCGACUCCGGAAUCCAUUCGGGGUCUGCCACACAGGUUCCUUCACUGACAGGAAAGGAGGACGAAGAGAUGGAUCUUUUCGAUAUGGACCAGGGGUAUACGCAGGGUUUCACCGCUGAUCAAGUCGAUGAAAUGAACAAUCAGCUGAACCAGACUCGCUCGCAGCGUGUGCGUGCCGCGAUGUUCCCGGAAACUCUCGACGAAGGCAUCGAGAUUCCAUCCACACAAUUCGAUCCUGGACAUCAGACAGCUGUUCAACGUCUGGCGGAACCCAGCCAGAUGCUGAAACAUGCCGUGGUUAACUUGAUCAACUACCAGGACGAUGCUGAUUUAGCCACCAGGGCAAUUCCUGAGCUGAUCAAGUUGCUUAAUGAUGAGGAUCAAGUUGUGGUUUCGCAAGCAGCCAUGAUGGUGCACCAGUUAUCGAAGAAGGAGGCUUCACGACAUGCAAUCAUGAACAGUCCGCAGAUGGUAGCUGCUUUGGUCCGGGCCAUCUCCAAUUCCAACGACCUGGAAACAACCAAAGGAGCUGUCGGCACUUUGCACAAGUUGUCUCACCAUCGUCAAGGUCUUCUGGCAAUUUUCAAGAGCGGUGGUAUUCCGGCUCUCGUAAAGUUGCUCAGCUCACCGGUUGAGAGCGUGCUGUUCUACGCAAUCACCACUCUGCAUAACUUGCUGUUGCAUCAGGAUGGCUCUAAGAUGGCAGUGCGGUUGGCUGGAGGGUUACAGAAGAUGGUCGCACUCCUGCAGAGGAAUAACGUCAAGUUUUUGGCCAUCGUCACGGACUGUUUGCAGAUUUUGGCUUAUGGUAAUCAAGAAAGUAAGUUGAUCAUCUUGGCAUCGCAAGGACCCAUCGAAUUGGUGCGCAUCAUGCGUUCAUAUGACUACGAGAAGUUGCUGUGGACUACUUCAAGAGUUUUGAAGGUUUUAUCAGUAUGCAGUAGUAACAAACCGGCAAUAGUCGAGGCUGGAGGUAUGCAAGCUUUGGCCAUGCACUUGGGAAAUCCCAGCCAGCGUUUGGUGCAGAAUUGCUUGUGGACAUUGAGGAAUUUGUCCGACGCAGCAACGAAGGUCGAUGGAUUGGAGGGACUUCUUCAAUCCCUCGUUCAGGUCCUUCAGUCGCAGGACGUUAACGUCGUAACCUGUGCUGCUGGAAUCCUUUCAAACUUAACUUGCAAUAACCAACGCAACAAGGUGACAGUUUGCCAAGUGGGUGGUGUCGAUGCUCUCGUCCGCACCAUUGUGCAAGCUGGUGACCGCGAAGAAAUCACCGAACCGGCAGUUUGUGCUCUCAGGCACCUGACCUCUCGUCACGUGGAAUCCGAGAUGGCUCAGAAUGCCGUUCGUUUGAACUACGGCAUACAAGUGAUCGUGAAACUCCUGAAUCCUCCAUCACGUUGGCCAUUGGUGAAGGCCGUCAUUGGAUUGAUCCGCAAUCUGGCCCUUUGCUCGGCCAAUCAUGCACCGUUGAGAGAGCACGGAGCCAUUCAUCAUCUGGUGCAGCUGCUCAUGCGAGCUUUCCAGGAUACACAAAGGCAAAGGGCAAGUGUGGCCAGUGGAGGCAGUCAACAAGCAGGAACAUACGCGGAUGGUGUUCGCAUGGAAGAGAUUGUCGAAGGAACGGUGGGCGCCUUGCACAUCCUUGCUAGAGAGUCGCACAACCGCAGCAUCAUCAGAACGCAAAUGGUCAUACCCAUAUUCGUUCAGCUGUUGUUCAACGACAUCGAGAAUAUACAACGCGUUGCAGCCGGAGUUCUUUGCGAACUCGCCGCGGAUAAAGAAGGCGCAGAAAUGAUCGAACAGGAAGGUGCCACAGCACCACUGACAGAACUUCUGCAUUCACGAAAUGAAGGUGUUGCAACGUACGCAGCAGCAGUAUUAUUCCGUAUGAGCGAGGACAAGCCGCAGGAUUACAAGAAGAGGCUCUCCAUGGAGCUCACAAAUUCCCUCUUCAGGGAGGAGAACGUCUGGAACGCGGAUCUGGGCAUGGCACCCGAUUUACAGGACAUUUUGAGUCCUGACCAACCCUAUGAUAACCUCUAUGCACAAGGGCCCCCUAGCGUCCACAGCAGUCACGGUGGUAGGCCAUACCAGCAACAAGGGUAUGACCAGAUACCAAUAGACAUGCAAGGUCUUGAGAUCGGGUCCCACGGAGGCGGAAACGGGUCUACGUUCAGCGCCAUCGAGGCAAUGGAAUUAAAUGCAGAGCCUGAUUUGAACUUCGAGCACAUAGAUCCGCUUCCGACGCCACCACAGGACAACAACCAGGUUGCGGCCUGGUACGACACCGACCUCUAAGUAUAGAAACAGCAAUUUUUUGACCCACAUUUUCCAAAAUGAUAAAGAAAACAACAACAUGAAGACAACAAAAAAAAAAUAAACG